UGUUUUUUUUUUUCCGCUCAGUUGAUGCAACUUUCAAAAGCAGCUUCGUAACUAGAUCACAUCCCCUAUUUAUAGCUUUUGGCUCUACUAGCUUCCUCUUCAGUCUCAUAAACUAAAGAAAAACUCAAUUUACUUGAUCAUCAAUGGAGAUAAACAACAACAGCGGUACUCAUGAUGAAGAACUAUAUUCACUGUCUGAGAUAAUCUCUUCGUUGUCUUCAGAACAUCAUAAUGAACUAAACCCUUUGCAAGAGAUAUUCGGUGCGCACCCGAGCUCUUCAACGCUUUUCUUUUCCGAGCCUAAGGAUGUUACCAAGACAAGUAAUCAGGGAGACAAAAGAAGUCAUUGUAACAAGAACAACCAUGCGGGUAAACGACAACGUUCCAUGGAAUAUCGUGUGCUGAUGGAGAAGAAAAGACGACAACUUAUAAGAGAUAAAGUAGAUAUAUUACAGGAGCUGACGCCUAAUUGCGCAAAGUCCGACCUUGCAACAAAGCUUGAAAGCAUCGUAGAAUACAUAAAAAGCUUGAAACAUCAGAUAGAUGUAACAUACUUUUUCUCAUCAGAUAGAAUACACACGCACAUUCACGAAUUAACCAAGUCUUAUGUGGUCCAGAUGAUGUCUAAAGCAUACACAGAGCCUGCGGGUUACAUGGCACCAGUUUAUGGAGCUCAAGCACCAUGUAUGUCUCCAUACACUAGUCCUUGGUGUUAUUAUGCGCCAGGAAUCCCAAUGAUGCCUCACCAAAACAUUCCCUUUAACACGCAAUUUCAUCAGGUAUAUGAAACGGCGCCGCCUAAUCAAACUCAAAUUUAGUAUAAUCUUUAUUGCUUCUUAUUUAAGACCCUGCUGGUUUUUGAAUCGUUUCUUG